AUGUCUCACACACUGCGAGCUGCCUUCUACCCCAAGCUUCGGCACAACUUUGACCAAACAGCAAAGGACAACAAAGGUGACCCGAAUAAGGCGAUCUCCGCUUCACGAAGCCUGGCCGAAAUCUGGAUCGAGGGCGCAUGGCACCACAAUACACUCGAGAGCAGUGAGGUGUUGCAGGCGAGCCUUGAGGCGUUCUGGUACGGUAUAGCCACAGCGGCCAAGGACUCGUCUGAGCUUCAUCAACAGCAAAGUCUGCUUCGACUAGUGCAAGAAAAACUGGACAUUGGCACACUCGAGCGUGAAAAUGAUAAUCAGGUCGAAGCGGCGCAGACUCCAGACGGCCAAGUCUGGUCCGACCUCCCUUUCUUCCGUGCAACAUUCUUCGAUGCCUUCUUGAAAGCUCCGCCCGUCGUGGAACCAUGGCAAUGUACCAAUCUUCACACAAUCGCCGCACAUAUUACGGUUGCUACAAGCAAAGAUCUGCGAUUUUACGCUAUUUGGGCAAUGGUCGAUGCGCUGGAAAGCCACGAGCUGUACUUGCACGAAAGCGACGUGGAGCUCCAUGCUGCUCUUGAGCCGAUCAAACCAGUCCUCGCCUGGUUGCAGCACGCUAGCCUGCACCUUCGACGAGCUUGUCUCGAAAAUCUCCAUCCUCCGGAUCAGCGACAUGAUGGUUAUCUUUACGAAUGGCAUCACGAAGGCCCAGAAUUUGUAGGGCCGCUUGCACAGAAGGGCGGUAUAACCCAAGCUGGAUUUUCAGUUGAAAGAUGGAUGUUUUGGCGCGAUCAACUUACUGCCUUGGAGACCCGAACUCGAGAGGCCGCGGAUAGUGCGGUACAGGUUGCUCACCAGGAUGUGCUACAGUCGAGAGAACAUAUGCAAGCAUGGGAGCAACAUCAGUGA